GGCAGUAACGUAUGAUCUUUGCCUGUGAUUAGGCUACAGAGAUAACCAACAAGAUAGAAAGAAGGAAUGACACUGAAAGUUUCUAUUGCCAUUGAUCGUGGUGGAACGUUCACAGAUGUGAUCUACAAAGUAGGCACUGUGGAAAAGACGUUCAAGCUUCUGUCCGUUGACCCUGAUAACUACGAGGAUUCGAACAUCGAAGGUAUCAGGAGGGUGCUGGAGGAUGUGACUGGUGCGCAGAUUCCGAGGGGACAGUUGCUGGACACCAGUGCUAUCACGUCUAUCCGUCUAGGCACCACAGUUGCAACCAAUGCGCUGUUGGAGAGGAAGGGAGAACGCUGUGCACUCGUGACCACCAGGGGGUUCAGGGAUUUGCUGCACAUUGCUGACCAGUCACGUCCAGACCUCUUCGCCUUGAACAUCGUGAAGCCUGGUGUGUUGCACGAGUGUGUCGUCGAGGCAGACGAGAGAGUUACGAUGCCAGCAUUCACUGUUGACCCUACUGGAUACGAUGCCAAAGACCUUGUUGACGGCGAAAGAUAUGUCCUGGGGAGAACAAAUGAGGUGUUUGAGAUCAUUCAGCCAUUGGACACCGUGAAGCUGGAGAGUGACCUCAUCAAGCUCAAAGAAGCCACUGGAAUUGAGUCUCUGGCCAUUGUGUUUGUCCAUGGUUUCAACUUCCAACGUCACGAGAAACUCGCUGGUGAGAUUGCUCGUAAAGUUGGUUUCAAAAAUGUCUCUCUCUCACAUGAGAUUCUUCCUGUCUUGAAGAUGGUUCCACGAGGACAAUCUACCGUUGUUGAUGCGUACCUCACCCCAAUAGUCAAGGAUUACAUCUCACAAUUCCUCAAGGGACUCAGACCUGACUUCGCCAGGUUUACAAGGAUAGAAUUCAUGCAAUCAGAUGGAGGCCUGUGCAGCUGGGAGAACUUUUCAGGUCUUAAAUCUCUACUCUCUGGACCUGCUGGUGGUGUUGUUGGUGAAGCAAAGACGUCGUACGACAAGAUGCCAAUCAUAGGCUUUGACAUGGGUGGAACAAGUACCGAUGUUUCUCGUUUUGGAGGCCAUUAUGAGUUCUCCUUUGAGAAUGUUAUUGCUGGCAUCAAGCUGGCUGCUCCUCAGCUGGACAUCAACACUGUUGCAGCUGGUGGUGGAUCAAUUCUUUCUUACAAGAACGGAGUGUUCACAGUCGGUCCAGAGUCUGCUAGUGCACAUCCAGGUCCUGCUUGUUACCGUAAAGGUGGGCCUCUCACAAUCACAGAUGCUAACCUGUUUACUGGAAGAAUAGUUCCACAGUUCUUCCCGAAGAUAUUUGGGCCUAAUGAGGACCAACCAUUGGACGUUGAAAUCACUCGCCAGAAGUUCCAAGAGCUAGCAGAUAUCAUCAAUGCUGACAACCCGGAGAUGGACAAAUCAGCUGAAGAGAUUGCACUCGGUUUCCUGAAAGUGGCCAACUUCCAGAUGGCCAAGCCCAUCAGGGAGCUGACAGAUGCCAAAGGCCAUGAUAUCAGAAAGCACGCAUUGGCAUCGUUUGGUGGUGCUGGUGGCCAACACGCCACUUCCAUCGCAAAGGUGUUGAAGAUCAACAAGGUUCUCAUUCACAGACAUUCUUCAAUCCUGUCUGCUUAUGGUAUCUCUGUUGCAGAUUUGGUUCACGAGGAACAGCAGCCUGUUUCGGAAGUUUACUCAGAGGCAGCAAGAGAUAAGCUCAUUGAAGACUCUUCUAUGUUGUUACAGAAGGCAAUUGAUGCACUGAAAGCACAAGGUUCCAAUGAACAGUCCAUCAAGUCCACACUAUUCUUCAACAUGGGAUACAAAGGCUCCGACACCAGAAUCAUGAUUCCUCAACCUGAAGAUGGAGACUUCUUGUCAGUGUUCUAUGCCACUCACGAGAGAGAGUUUGCAUUCAAUGAUGCUGAGAAGGACGUUCUUGUUUCUGACGUCCGUAUUAGAUCUGAAGGUAACGCGGAGUUGGCCAUGUCGAAGGAGCCAUCACCAUUUGACGAAUCCUUUAAUACGUUUGAGGUCGACAAGUCAAAAUCAAAGAUUACUACCAAGAUAGUGUUCGAUGAGGGUGUUCUGGACUCUCAAGUGUUCUUCCUGAACGAGCUUACCACGGGCAAUGUUAUCCACGGCCCUGCUAUCAUCCUGGACUCUACUCAAACAAUCCUUGUGACUCCCGACUCCAAGGCAACUAUUCAUCCGAGACAUGUUGUUCUGGAUGUUGAAGUUUCCACUGUUAGAGACAACGUCUCAACCGAGCAUGUUGACCCUAUUCAGCUUGCUAUCUUUGCCAAUAGAUUCAUGUCCAUUGCAGAUGAAAUGUCCAGAACACUACAAAAGAUCUCUGUUUCCGCAAACAUCAAAGAGCGAAUGGAUUACUCUUGUGCUCUGUUUGAUAACCAAGGUAACUUGUGUGCCAAUGCUCCUAAUGUUCCUGUCCAUCUAGGCUCUAUGUCUUCUGCUAUUAAGUAUCAAUUGGACCAUUGGGAAGGCCAGCUGAAAGAAGGUGACAUCUUAUGUACCAAUUCACCAUCUGUUGGUGGUACACAUCUUCCAGAUAUCACCAUCGUUUCGCCUGUAUUCCAUGAUGGGGAAAUCCAGUUUGUUGUUGCAUCUCGUGCACAUCAUUCUGAGAUUGGUGGCUCAGCUCCAGGUUCCUCCUCUUCAUAUGCCCGUGAGAUCUACGAAGAAGGUGUUAAUAUUGAGACCUGGAAGAUUGUUGAUAAUGGAAAGUUCGACGACGAGGGCUUGGUUCACCACUUCUCAGAGGUUCCAAGGACGUAUGGCGUUUCUGGUACUCGAAACAUUGAUGAUAAUAUCUCUGACUUGAAGGCUCAAAUCGCUUCAAACCAACGUGGUAUCAACUUACUCAAGGAGCUAUUCAACGAAUACGGCAGUGAAACUGUGCUUUUCUACAUGAGAAAUGUGAAGAAGACUGCUGCUAUUGCUGUUGAGAACUUCUUGAAAGAGUUUGCUGUCAAGAACAAGGACCGUCUUCCACUUGUUGCUGAAGACUAUAUGGAUGAAGGCACCAAGAUUUGCACCAAGAUCGACAUCAAUCCUUCGACUGGCUCCAUCGUUAUCGACUUUACUGGAACUUCUUUAGAGUCUUACAGUAACUUGAACUCUCCAAAGUCGGUUACCUUUUCUGCAGUCAUCUAUGUCUUGAGAUGUUUGGUUGACAUGGACAUUCCAUUAAACCAGGGAUGUCUUGAUCCUGUUGAAGUUAUAAUUCCUGAAAACACACUGAUCAAUCCUUCACCUUAUGCUGCAGUGUGUGCUGGUAAUGGUAUGACUUCUCAAAGAAUCACAGACUGUCUCUUCAAAGCCUUUGGUGUCACCUCUGCCACUGGUGGAUGUAUGAAUGGACUGAACUUUGGCACUGGUGGAUAUAACGAAAAGGGUGAAAUGGUUAAAGGUUUCGGUUAUACCGAGACAAUUGGCCAAGGUAACUGUGCUGGUAUACUAGAGAAGAAUGGUGAAAGAUAUGGAUUCCAUGGGUUUUCUGGUACUCAAACAAACAUGACGAAUACCAAGAUCACUGAUCCUGAAGUCUUGGAGCUGAGAUAUCCAUGCUUCCUGAUACAAUACACCGUCAGAGAGAAUAGUGGAGGUAAGGGCAAGUUCAACGGUGGUGAUGGACUCAUCAGAGAGAUCCAGUUCAACUCACCUGUCCACUUAUCUCUUGUCACUCAAAGAAGAGUAUUUGCGCCAUGGGGAAUCUAUGGAGGUGAAGAUGGUAAGAAAGGUGAAAACUUCUUAGGUAGAAACAGAGGCAACGGUGUGAUUCAGUGGAUCCAGCUGCCAUCGCUGGCUGAGAUUGAGAUCAGAAAAGGUGAUAUUCUGAAACUUCUGACCCCAGGUGGUGGUGGGUUCGGAAGACCUGAGGACAGCGACGAGUUCUGGGGGCUGACCAAGUCCAGCGAGAAGAUGAAGAAGAGAGCUUUCCUUCCACUCAGUGGAGGAACUGUUGGUAAAAUCAAGGAAGCCACGGACUCUUCUCAAUAGAUUGGAUGGCUUGUCCUGGAUGUAUAGUACUUUGAAUCUACAAGUGUCUUUCCACAACU